ACGUGGUGACAGGAGGGUCUGGAACGUUCAGACUAAUCCUGUCAACUUACCUGAGUAGACGGUGAGAGAUGCCUGUCCGCGCAGAAAAGUGGGAGCUCGUCCCUCCCCCUCCCGUCAACUCCAAACAGCCCGGACCGCCCCGCUCGCUGCUCUACUCGGGGUCCAGGUUCACCGGACACCAGAAGAGUAAGGGAAACAGUUACGAUGUGGAGGUCGUCUUACAGCAAGUUGAUGAAGAGAGCUGCUACUUGUGCGGGUACCUGAAAAUCAAGGGACUGACAGAGGAAUUUCCAACGUUAACCACCUUUUUUGAUGGUGAGAUCAUCAGCAAGAAGUACCCAUUCCUAACCAGGAAGUGGGAUGCUGAUGAAGAAGUGGACAGAAAACAUUGGGGCAAGUUCCUGUCCUUCUACCAGUAUGCCAAAAACUUCAACUCAGACAACUUUGACUACGAUGAGCUGAGGAAUACAGACUUUGUAUUCAUGAGGUGGAAAAAACACUUCCUUGUGCCAGACGUACCAGUCCCUAAGCCUUACCCACGUUGUGGAGCACAGCUUCCCUAUCUAUGAGUUCAGAUGAGGAGACCAGCUUGUAAUAUAUGUACACUUGUAUCAACUCCUUUACUUCUUUUGGCUAUAAAUCACUGUACAACAAUGUUAAAAAAAGAAUUCAGAUUGUAUACAAUGUGAUUAAUAUUACCAAUUCAAAAAUUAUCUAAUCACAUCAGUUCUCUUAGUUUUUGUACUUCCCUUGAUCUAUUGUAGGAGAAAUAUUGCUGCAAUUGUAUUUGUGAUCAUUGUAAAUUCAGAAAGAUAGCAAAAAGAGAAAGAAAGUUUAUUCAAGGGGAGCUAUAUACUUAUUGUAUUGAUGUUUAGAGUCAGGAGGAAAAGUAUUCUUCUGUACAUAGAUGUUCUACUGUUGUUUAACAGCAUUGAGAUGGAAAUUGGUUUCUUUCAUGUAAAAGUUUGAAUUGUUAUUGAUCUAAGAAUAACAAAGUAUUUGUUCCUUGAACAUUGUUAUUUUUCAAAGUAUCACCUGAUGAUCAUG